ACACUUCAAAACCAAAAAGACGCUUGCUCAGUUAGGUAUUACGGAGAACUAGGAGAUUAUCUUGAGUCGAUGUGCAGCACCCGAAGAAGCCAAGUCUUAUCAUGGCUAAGGAAGAAAGUGAAAGACGUCUCUCCCGUGCCAAGUGAAGCUGAAGCGUUACCACGAGCAUUUGCGGUGACAGUGGUGGUGGCGGUGGUCACAGUGCAGUGGCUGCCGUAUUCGUGCAGUUUUGCAGAAGCAUAUCCGAGUGAAGAUCUUGUGGUCAGCCUUCCUGGUCAACCCAAGGUCGGAUUCAGACAGUUCGCCGGAUAUGUCAACAUCGACUCGAAAAAUGGUCGAAGUCUUCUACUACUACGUGGAAGCCGACAAACAAGCCGACAUUACGUACCUCAACUGGCAGAUGCUAUACACAGCUACAAUAUACGAUCAAGUGGGUUCAAAUUCAACAUUGGGAAUCCACUUCUAAGGCUUGCCACAGACACUUCAGCUGCUUACGACUUCUUCUGCAAGAAGUGCUUGGAGGCUCUCACUGAAGCUGGCCUCGUAAUUGAGUAUGUCAACGUAUAUGACGUUCUCCUCGACCUAUGCUACCCAUCGAUUGUGGAGCAAGAGCUGAGGCUCAAGGAAAUGUCUACUAAGAUGAGCAUGGGUGUGGAUGUUUGUAUGACAUUCGAAAGACAGUUCUAUUUUAAUCUCCCAGAGGUCCAACACGCCCUUCAUGCCAACCACACUCGCCUACCUUACGAAUGGGCUAUGUGUAGCACGCAAACCAUUUUAUGCUUUUAUAUUUAGUUUGAUUGAUUACAGUUAUGAAAAAACUUUUUAUUGUAGGAGUUCAUGUAUUUUAUACUGAUUGGUAUAAAUCACUUUGCUUAUGUUGCAGCUUGGUAAAUUAUAGCGGCAUCGACUUGAGCAUUAACAUGCUUCCAACUCUGAAGAGAAUUAUGUAAUUCCACUUCUUAGUUCAAGAACUCUCGUACGAGAACUUGCUAAUGAUCUCAACUUCAACACCAUUGUUCCCUAUGGAUUUUUUCCACAAGGAACAGGUUGGUGGUUGGGUCACUGAGUAUAGUAAGUUAUUGGCGUUUGCAACAGUAAGAGGAGCAGCUCAUAUGGUGCCAUAUGCGCAACCCUCACGAGCUCUUCAUAUUUUCAGUAGCUUUGUGCGUGGCCAGAGAUUGCCCAACAAGCCACACACCUCUCUUCAUGAAUACGAAAGAAGAGACCUAUUAAUUAUACUAAGCAAUUAUGAUUAGUAUUAAAUGGUUAGCUUGUUAACCACUUAAUUAGACGUAUAUACAUGAUAAGUAUAAGCUUUGAUUCAGCUGCAUAACCUUGCCUUAGCCAUCACCUAAUGAUUGGACUAUAUAGAUAAGAUGUGAAAGGAUGUAUUCUGAUUCUGCUUGACAUAUUCUGAUUCUGGUAACGACAAAGAGAUCCAAUUAUGUAUUCUGAUUUUGCUUACAUGGUAUAGAAUGAUUUAUGUUCAUACU